AAGUUAAAAGUUAAAAUUAACUUAACUUUUAACUUUUUGACGCGUUUAUGCCCAGGCUUGUAAUUUAUACAGCUGGCUGGAUGGUGCGCCGAACGGAAAACAGUGCAUCAUAAAACGUCCGUUCAUAAUAUUAUGAUAUUAUUGUGCUAUAAAAUAUCAUAAUACAUAUAUAUCGUCACCGAUUCAACGUAUAUGGUUUUUUUUCUGAAAUGACGUCAUCGGGGUUAACCAGAUCAGAUACAAUGAUUAUUUUUAUGUUACUGUUGGCUAUGCUACAUACCGGAUUGUCGGCCAAAAGCGGAUACGAAGAAUUGGAAAACAAUUUACUUAAGAAAUUAGGUAUAACCCGUAGAACUGUAGUAGAGAAAAGUAUAAAGAUACCAUCUUCCACAAUGGAGUUGUAUAAAUCCAUGCUAGAAGAAAACAAUGCAAUGACAACGCAUUUUUCUCUUCCUGGCUUGCACACAGCGUCUGCCAAUACUGCUAGAAUUUAUCCCAACAAAGGAUCAACUCCAAUUAAAGCUAAGUCUAAGAGAUAUAGGCUACAGUUCGACAUAGAUUCUAUACCGGAAAAACACCAGGUUAAAGCUGCUGAAGUUCGUUUUCCAAUAAAAUACGAUCAAGUACUACGUAAUGGAGAAUUUAUUCAUGUGAUCUUACAUGAUAUAGUCCAACCCGGCGAGAAGGGCUUAUCAAAACCUAUUCUCAGAACUAUUGAUUCGAAAUCAAUUAAUAUGUCAACAAUUUCAAUGACCGAAAGUUUUGACGUAACACCAUUUAUAGAAAGACUGUCAAAGAAUAAUUUCAAAGAAAACCAUGGUAUACUAGUACAAUGCGUCACGGAGUCUGGUAGUCACACACAUUUGCUGAGCGUGUUUGAUUUUGUAUCACCUGAAAACACAUUGCUAUUGGUCUACAUCGAUGAUGGAACAAGCGAGAAGAGCUCGCUGGAACGGAUGAUGCAUCGGAGUAAACGAUCGGUUAACGCUCCGGCACAGCCGCGGAAGACAAGUAAAUCGUCAAGCUGCAGGCGGCAUUCGAUGUAUGUAGAUUUCAAAGAAAUCGGGUUCGGCGAUUGGAUCGAUGCGCCGCCGGGGUACGAAGCUUUCUACUGCCAUGGGGAUUGCGCGUUCCCGUUGGCCGAUCACGUGAACGGGUCCAACCACGCGGUAAUGCAGAUGCUGUUAAACUCAUUUAAUUUGGUGAAAGUUCCGCGGCCGUGCUGCGUACCGACCAAGCUGAGGACGCAGUCGUUGAUUUACAAAGAUGACGAUGGCAUUUUGCAGAUGAAAAACUACCCGGAGAUGACCGUGGCCGAGUGCGGAUGUAGAUGAGAACGCGGCGGUGGUGGUAUUAAGCAGCAGUUAUUUUAUAAUUAUGUACUAUAAGAAUAAUAAAUACAUUAGAAGUGAAUAAUAUUAUCUCAAAUAUGAAGGUCAUUCGGCCCCAAUAAAAAUGGAAUAUCAAUCAACGUAGUUAAACAUUUUAAAGAAUCAAUAUCAGAGAUAUUAGUAUAUAUAUAUAUAUAUUUAAUACAAUAAUAUUGGAAGGUACCACACAAGAUUCUUUUAAAAGUGCCAUAGUCACCCCCAUUUAUAAAAACGGUGAUAAAAAACUAAUAAAUUAUUACAGAGCAAUAAGCUUAUUAAAUAUUUUCUCAAAAAUGUUUGAGAGGGCUAUAAAAAGAGACUUUUAAAUUACUUAGAAGAAAAUAAUAUCCUACCUAAAUCUCUAUAUGGAUUUAGGAAAAAUCUAGGGACAGAAGAUGCCUUAGCACGACUUUCCGUGGAUAUUUUAUAGUGACAUGAACAAUAAUAAAAAAAAAACAUCAUGCAUUUUCCCAGUCAUCAGUAAAGCUUUCGACAGCAUUUAUCGUAAAUUGUUAUUACUUAUACUUUAAUAUAUAGGUAUAAUUAAUAAGACACUGAAAUGAUUAGAAUCGUAUUUGCAUAAUAGUAAACAACAAGUGAGAAAUAACAACACACUUAACGAUGAAGUUACAAUUACAACGGGGGUUCCUCAAGAAACAGUAUUAUCACAUAUUCUAUAUAUUAUACACAUAAUCUUCAUUAGAUCAUUUAAAUUUUCACGGCAAAUUAUUUUCUUAUGCAUACGAUACCGCCAUUCUUAUAUCAGGGGACAAUUGGGACGAAUUUCACCCAAAAGCAGAAAAGGACCUGCACUUGAUAAAUGUAUAGUUUCUUAAACAUAAUUUAAGAAUAAAUUACACUUUAUCAAAUUACAUUACUUUUACAUAGACAAUAAAAAGCAACCCAACUAAAAUUCAUGAUAUAGAUUGUAAAUCUAAUAAUUGUUCAUGUGGGAUACACACAUAAAUAACACAAUAAAGAAACUACGGAAAAUUCACUAUAUGUUUAUUAACGCGAGAAAAAUCUUAAAUAACCAGGAUCUACGUUUAAUAUACUUUGCCAUGACACAAUCUAUUUUACAAUAUGAAACAACCGCUUUGGGUGGCUUCCAUGGGCGCCCAUGGGUAAAAUUUUAAGGAGGGGCA